UCGAAUAAAAGCCAUAAGGGACAAUAUUGCCGUCUUCUCAGUGAAAGAAUGGACACCCUAAGAGAGGACGAACCGGACCCUAUAAAGCUUAAGUCUAUCAAGAACAAUAAAACAUUCACAGUGCCUCAAAAAGAUAGGUUUGGGAGCUGCAGAAGUGUCAGAGAGUUUGAGAAACUGAAUCGCAUAGGAGAAGGAACCUACGGCAUCGUGUACCGAGCCCGGGACACCAAGUCAGAUGAGAUUGUAGCACUGAAGAAGGUCCGGAUGGACAAAGAGAAAGAUGGGAUCCCCAUCAGUAGCCUCAGAGAGAUCACCCUGCUGCUGAGGCUGAGACAUCCCAACAUAGUGGAGCUGAAAGAAGUGGUUGUUGGCAGUCAAUUGGAGAGUCUGUUUCUGGUGAUGAGUUACUGUGAACAGGAUCUGGCCAGUCUGCUAGAAAACAUGCAGACACCGUUCUCUGAGGCUCAGGUAAAGUGUAUUGUCCUUCAGUUGCUCCGAGGCUUGGAGUAUCUCCACCACAACUUCAUUAUACACAGAGACCUGAAGGUGUCUAAUCUGCUGAUGACAGACAAAGGCUGCGUGAAGAUUGCUGAUUUUGGGUUGGCCAGGAUGUACGGCAUCCCUCAGCGACCCAUGACGCCUAGAGUGGUCACACUGUGGUACAGAGCUCCAGAGCUCCUCCUAGGGACCAAGACCCAGACUACAGCUCUGGACAUGUGGGCUGUAGGCUGUAUCCUGGCUGAGCUGCUGGCUCACAAACCUCUGCUGCCUGGAACCUCUGAGAUCCAGCAGGUCGACCUGAUUGUUCAGCUGCUAGGAACACCCAAUGAAAACAUCUGGCCAGGUUUUUCUCAGCUGCCUCUCAUUGGUCAGUACAGUCUGAGGAAGCAGCCGUACAACAACCUGAAGAAUAAAUUCACCUGGCUGUCUGAUGCUGGACACAGACUGCUCAACCUGCUCUUCAUGUACAACCCACAGCGCAGAGCUACAGCCAAAGAUUGUUUGGAAAGUUCCUACUUCAAAGAGAAACCUCUACCCUGUGAACCGGACCUGAUGCCGACCUUCCCCCACCACCGCAACAAGCGGGCCGCUCUUCCGGCAGAGAGCCACUCGAAACGGAGCAAAGUGUGAUGAGGAUUGUAAUGAUGAGACAUUGGACUCAAAAGACCAGCCUGUUGCUCAGAAAUGGACGCUGGUGUCUGUUCACACUGCGUGCAUGGGACAUCUGCUCACAAGGAGAUUCUACUGUGGAAUUGAUAGCACAGAACUCUGCAGUGUUCAGUGUACUGCCACAGAGAUUGAGUGACGCACAUUCUUUAUUGUAGAUCCGGUUGUUUGCAGCACCGUGUAUACACUGUUUAUAGGUUCAGUAGAAAUCUAUUCUGUUUAUUUUUUAACAUUCAUAUUGCUGCCAAGGUCUACACACUAAAUGAAGUGAAAGUAAUGAAGACAAAGUUGCCUUGACAAAUAUGCUGAGGCAUUUUGCCCUUUGUGUCUAGCAUUUCUCAUAUUUUAGAUGUUCUAUCAUGACUGUGCUACGCUGUGAUUAGCUGCAAUUCUAAUAUCAAAAUGAUGGCAUGACAAGAAGAAACUGAACCAGAUUGCUGGAGCUCUGCCCACAGUUCCACUGGGUCUGCACGACGGCCUCUUUUAGGAGUUUUUUUCAAAGCUGCAAAACUUGCAAAAACUGAAGUAGAAUCAUUGUGUCAAAGUGUCCUUGUACUGAACCCCUGAAUCUGCUCGCUUAUUGCUAGUAGUUAACAAAAUAAUUAGACAUUUUGGGGAAAAUACUUGAUCACUUUCUUGGAGAGUUAGAUGA